ACCCCGCUCGAAAACUUGACCAUGGUCUUACUGAACGGACCCUCUGUUCUGAAACCUCUUGUGGCUGUAUUUCUAGUACUCUUCUACACACACAUGGACGUGAGAGGAACACUCGCCAGACUACGAAGUGGACACGCCUCCUUGCUAAACACAGGGAAGAGAAUCGACACCAACAUAGUGAGGGGCCCAGUCCCCGUGGCUUCAGCGAUUUUUUGUACGCAGUUGUGUCUUAUGGAACCGUCAUGUACAUCGUAUUUCGUGGUGGAAAACCAUACGAUAUACUGCCAAAUGCACUCAGUUGUCUUCAUGAGCCCAACAGACGAUGGGACCCCAGCACUGAACACGUUGUAUUACCAGCUCACCCAAGACGGCUGUCCUCUCACGUUCGUGCUAUACAGACCCCUGUCUCUGUGUUACGCUGUGUGGACUCAACUUUCAGACUGGUCAUCCGCCCAGAGCACUUGUCAAAGCGUCGGCGCUCAUCUUGUGCACGUGAGCUCCCCAGAAAUCUCACAGCACCUCUCUGACUAUUUCAAAGCGUCAUCAGUGUUUCAGCAGCACCACAUCGCCAUCGGUGUGACGUACUCGGGUAGCCAGUGGAAGUACACGAACGGCUCUUCAGCAACCUGGUUGAACUGGGCGAGUGGGGAACCAAGCCACAUUACAGAGGAGUGUGUCGUGAUGGCCUAUUUCUACGAUUACAAAUGGAACGACGUUCCAUGCAGCGGAGCCAGCAACUAUUUCGUAUGUCAAAUUGACAUGUGAAGAUGUCAUCUUCGGCACAGAGAACAGGAUAAUUUUGGUUCUGUUUCCCUGCAUUGUCCACUGCAGUUGUCAUUGUCACAGUUUUGCUGUUAUAACUAUCUUGCUAUCAGUAAA